AUGGUUGACGGAGCGGGCGUGUUGGAGGUGCGAGUGACAACGUUCAUCAAUGCGGAAGCGAAGGAUGCAGACGGUCAAUGUUGCCAGCCAUAUCGACAAAGUACGGGGGUGUGCAGAGGUGUGUGUCGAACGUUUUUCCGGGCGUGUGCCACGGUGCCCGGGCGUGACUUCACUCAGGCGUACACGUCCACGGACAAAGAACGCCACGCUGUGGAUCCCAAUGCUCCCUGCAGUAUCGGGGUCAUCGUCACCGACGUCGUCGCAAACAAUUCCCUCGAAUCCCACGAUGAAGGGAUCCUGGAUAUCAAGUUUCCUUUCGACUUCCCUUGGACGAAACGCGUUGCAGUGAUCAUCGAAUCUUGGCAUGAUGUAACCGGCGACCUGUUUUCAUAUAAAGGUGUCGCCAAAGUCCACGAUAAGCUGGCAAAGCUGAUUGCCAGAGUGACGGUGGUUGAUGACAUCGAGCCUGGCCAGGACUGGACGCUCCACUGGUAUAAGAACGAAAACGUUCACAUGGAUUACGCCCUGAGGGUAUCAUGCAAAAAGAAUUUCGCCGGAGCAGACUGCACCGAGCACCAUUACGAUGAGUAUCAUCAUCAUAUGAGCCACGAAGAGCAAAAACACGGACACGUGGAUCCGUACUCAGGGAAAUGCAUCUGCCCGGGGCCGGCUAAAACGACAACAACGACGACGACGACUACAACUGCUGCCCCCUACACUCACUCUAGCGAAGACCAUCACAAACAUAGCUACCACGAUCCAGAUGAAAACAAACCGCAUUAUUCUCAUCACAAGCACAAGAGGGAGGUUCAGGGAAUCCUCGGGGAAGCGGAAAGACCGGGUCGAACCGAGCAGGAGAAAUACGUUCUUGAAAAAUCUCGAGAGAUUUUGUAUGCGAAAAUUCAGCGAGACACGAAGGAUGUGUUGGGGAAGAACGAGACCUGCGCGGCAAUCAGCCCCGAGCUGAUGAUCGACCUCACGAAAAUGGUGGCAGAAGACGUGGUCUGGGCCAUGCCCGACGCCGUGCAGGAGAUGUGCAACAUCACCGAGGACAGUCCAUGGGCGUCUUUCUUCUCGUCUCAGGACGAGAGCGGAUGUCAAGAGAAGAGGGGAACUCACUUCAAGUGUAGCGGGAAGGGAGAGCGAAUUUGCCAGAUCGGAUGGACGGGUGAUAUGUGCGAUGUCCCGAUCUGCAAAAACGGAUGCGACCCUCUCCAUGGAUACUGUCAGCUACCCGGAGAAUGCACCUGCAAAAUGGGGUGGACGGGAGAUUUGUGCAGGGAGUGCAUGACCCUGCCGGGAUGCGUUCAUGGAAUCUGUGAAGAACCGUGGCAAUGCCGUUGCAAACCGGGCUGGGAUGGACUCUUCUGCAGCCAACCGGUCAAGUUGGAUUUUUCAGAUGUCGGCUGGGUUGGGACGGAGAGACGUGUUCGGACUGCCGAAAGCUUCCAGGCUGUAAACACGGAUUUUGUACCCGACCUCUGGAAUGCAGAUGUGAACCCGGAUGGACCGGGCUGUUUUGCGAUAUUCCUAUAUGUCGUCGAGGAUGUAAUACAGACCAUGGCUACUGCGAGACGCAAGGAGUUUGCAGGUGUAAGGUUGGUUGGACUGGCGAAUUCUGCGAUGAAUGCGUUCCUUAUCCCGGGUGCAAGAUGGGAACUUGUGCCAAACCAUGGGAAUGCACUUGCAAGCCAGGAUGGAGUGGUUUCUUCUGUGAUGAACGUGAGUCAAGGAGUCCCGUAUUCUUCCGUAUAUUGCAAAGUUCAAACGACAUGCAAGAGAUACAGAGAAUGCCAAACACUUCUCAAUCUGACAGAACUGAACUACUGCGAGACGCAUCCAGGAACGUGUCUGAAUGGAGGAACGUGUGAGAGCCUGACCAAAGAGGAAGGAGACUUCAAAUGCCUCUGUCCAGAAGAUUAUAAGGGCCUGCAAUGCCAGGAAAAGACGAUCUCAUCAACGAAUUCAACAGGACGGAACGAAGAGACGGUAUUCGUAGCGAACGAGAGCGAGAAUUUUGUCAAGAGGCGGUUUGGUUAA